AUGGUGCGGAAUCCAGCACCGUCACCCACUGCCGUCCUGCGUGGCCACUUGAGCCCGGUCAACAGCCUCUGCUUUGUCCACGACCAUGCAAUCGUUCCAAGGCAUGAUGCGCCAUCCCUGAGUGCGGCCGCACCUCAAGGUUUGGUAUCAGGCAGUGCCGAUGGAACGCUCAAGGUCUGGGACAUGACCACGCGGAGGGAGGUGUGUUCUGUUCAAGCGCAUUCCAAGGCAGGGAUCCUACAAACCGCCACGCACGGAGCAGCAAUUCUAUCUCAAGGUCGAGACGGUUUGGUCAAGUGGUGGGACGCCGUCGACGGUGGCGAACUUCGAGAGUUCCGGACGCUUGCCAUCGGGUCGUACACGUUUACAAAAGCACAUGUUGUGGAUGCCAACCUCGUUCUUGUGCCCACAGAGCACGCCGAGACAGUGGCUCUCUUCGACGUCCGCACGCCCGGAAACCAGCCAGCCAUGGAAUUCCACGGCGCAUCGUUGAAGUCUGGUGCGAUGACCGAAGAAUUUGUCCGAAAGCAUAACCAUCUUCGUGUAGGUAUGUGCAUGGCCUUAACAAGUCUACCUGUAUCGAGUGGCGUGAUGGCUUGCGUCGGGUUUGAGGGCGGAGUUGUCGCGCUAUACGACCUCCGCCAAGGACUCACUCCAGUGGUCGCGCCGGCCGUGUCGCCUUCCACAGGUAUGUUGCCGAGAGUUGUUUCCGACCCUGCGAAGGCAUCGUUACGCAUAGUGCUUUGCAUGGAGCCCGUGUAUGGAUCCGCAACGCUGCUAUGUGGCACGUCGGGCGAAGAGCACGUUGCAGUCACGCUGACAGCAGCCACCGACGCCGACACGGCAACGUUUUAUCGAACCAAACAGCCUGGCAUCAGCGCGGUAGCCAACCGUACCUUCGAUGACCGCAUCUUUGCCACGGCAGGGUGGGACCACAGAGUCCGAGUCUUUCACCGAAGUUUCAAACCGCUCGCGACGCUCAAAUAUCACACGGACAGCGUCUACGCCGUUCAGUUCUCACGUGACGGCAAGUGGCUUGCGUCGGCGUCGAAAGACCACAAGAUUGCGCUAUGGUGUGUGUAUCCGCCAUCGUCCACAUGACGCUGCACAUCCGUCCGAUACGUCACAAAAGUAACGAGCUUUACUAUUCGACGAUUGACACAAG